AACCUUCUCCUCCAUCAAUGGCGUCUCCCGCCGGGAUUUCUCUCUUCUCCUCCUCUUCCUCCUCUUUCGUCGCCUUCUUCCUCUGGGUUUCGCUAAUCUCACCGUCUGUCUCACUUACAUGUACGUCACAGACAUUCUCCGGCAACGCCAUGUACCCUCACUGCCUCGACCUCCCUUACCUCAGUGCCUUUCUCCACUUCUCCUACGACGCCGGAAACUCGACCCUCUCCGUCGUUUUCUCUGCUCCGCCUUCUAUGCCCGGCGGAUGGAUCGCCUGGGCGAUCAACCCGACGGCGAAGGGAAUGGCCGGAGCUCAGGCUCUCGUCGCGUUCAAGGACCCUGAGACCAGCGUCGCCGUCGUGAGGACUCUCAACAUCAGCUCCUACGAUGUGCUUGUUCCGGGGAAAUUAGGGUUCGAUGUCUGGGACACGAAGGCGGAGGAAGACGGCGGAGGGUUGAGGAUCUUCGCGAAGGUUAAGAUUCCGGCGGAUUUGGCGGCGAAGGGGAAGGUGAAUCAGGUUUGGCAAGUGGGUCCCGGAGUGUCUCAGACAGGGUUUAUUCAGAAGCACGGUUUCGAUUCGCCGAAUCUGAACUCGGAGGGAACGUUGGAUUUGUCCGGAGGCAACGCCGGCGCCGGCGGAGGCGGCCAGGGUGAUUCUAGGGUCAAGAAGAAGAACAUUCAUGGGAUUUUGAACGCCGUGAGCUGGGGGAUUCUUUUCCCAAUCGGGGCUAUAAUUGCUAGGUACAUAAAAACGUUUGAAUCUGCAGAUCCUGCCUGGUUUUACCUCCAUGUGUUGUGCCAGUCCUCUGCUUACAUCAUCGGUGUCGCCGGUUGGGGCACUGGUCUCAAGCUCGGCAGCGAAUCAAAGGGUAUUACGUUUACAAACCAUCGGAACAUCGGCAUUGCCCUCUUCGCCCUCGCUUCAAUUCAGAUGUUUGCAUUGUUGCUGAGACCGAAGAAGGACCACAAAUACAGAUUCUAUUGGAACAUAUACCACCACGGGAUCGGAUAUUCGAUCUUAAUACUCGGAAUCUUGAACGUUUUCAAAGGCCUCGGCAUACUGAACCCCCGACAAUCAUACAAGACUGCUUUCGUCGUCGUUCUCUCCUGUUUGGGAGCCAUUGCUUUGCUCCUUGAAGCUUUUACUUGGAUCCUCGCCCUGAAGAGAAAAUCGGGGAAACCCUCAAAACCCGAGAUCGGUUGAGAUCGAAUUCUGGUAAUCUAAUGAUCUACGAAAGAGAUUUUUCAUCUUAUUAUUGUAGCAAAUGUCUUGUUUCAGAAUCUCAAGAGUGUUUGUUUCAUAUGUAAUGGCGCUUUUUGGUACUUUGAUUUGUAUGAUUGUGUUGUCGCCAUUGCAGCUCUCUUAUGUAUAUAAGAAACUCAUAUUGUUGUUCUUCUUGACUUUUGUGUC